CUUUGCUGCGCGCUCCGGAGCGGGUCUGAGGUAAAAUUUCCGCCUCUUCGUGUGUCCCUCCUCUGUGCGGUCAAGCCGGAGGGGAAGACACCAAAGAAGAGGCUUGAGGUCAGAGGACGCUGGCCUCGCGCGCUGACCUGGCCGCCCCGGCCUCCGGCCGGCGCUCCCGGGCGGCGCCCCCUCCCCCGAGAGCCCGGGCCCGCUCGGCCAGCCGAGGUCCAGGCGGCAGCUCUGGGAGGAGGCGGGUCGGCCAGGCCUUGUCUCCAUCCGCGAUGCUCCCGAUUUCAAAAGGCUCCAGAGCAGCCUUUGGGUCCUUUCUCCACAAGGAAAAGGAAUAGCAUCUCCGUCGUUCUCGUCACGGUGACUCUGGCCCCAAUGGCCCCCUGUUCCCGGGUCCCGGUGAGCACUCGGUGGCUUUGUUCUGGCCGUGGGUGUCGGUUAUUGAAGUUUGAGAGAUGGUUAAUGAAUGAUGCUUGAUGACAGAUGAGUAAUGCCUCCUGCAUAAAGAUUGAUGGUAUGAGGCAAGACUCCUACUUAAUCAAGAGGAAUUGAGAUGAACUUAUCCAUUAAAUUCAGAAACUGUCUUGAAGAAACUUUGGGAAUAAGACAUGUUAAGGCAGAUUUCAUUAACAGAUUCACAGGAUGCCAGCCAUUGACCUUUUCCCUUGUGGUUGUCUUUCUCAAGACUUUUUCUCUUUUCAUGAGGACAAGUCAGAAGGGGAAAGGAUUGUGACUGGGUGUCUGACAAAUUAUUUUCAGAUUGGGAGAUUUGUCUUAAUGCCAGAUGGUCAGCAUCUCAGUGGAAUAUUUUGGAUGGGAAGAAAUCCAGUGUGGUGGAAAUGGAGAGAAACUACAUUGGAGAGAAAUCAAUUUUAACCAUUGUGAAGAAGCCUUGAGUGAACACUCAUGCCUUAAGGCUCAAAGGAAAACUUACAUUAGAAAGAAAACUUGUCUGCAUGCUCCAGGCCAGGAGCCUGACCAGGAGGGAGACACAAGAGGAAGAAUGGCUGCAGGAUUGCUGACAACCUGGUCACAGGACUUGGUGACCUUCGAGGAAGUGGCAGUGGACUUUUCACAGGAGGAGUGGGCACUGCUGGACCCUGCUCAGAAAAUCCUGUACAGAGACGUGAUGCUGGAGAACUUUAGGAACCUGGCCUCAGUGGGGUAUCAUCUCUGCAAACAUAGUCUGAUCACUGAGGUGGAGCAGGAAGAGCUGAGGCCAGAGCAGAGAGGAAUUCUCCAAGGUGCUUACAGAGACUGGGAUACCCAACUUAAAUCAAAAGACGCAAUUCUUACGCAGAAUGUUCCUGGGGAGAAAACUUCCAAUGGCAUAAAAAUGGCAGCAACUCACCCUGAUGAGAAACCAAUGGAAUUUAAUCAUUGUGGAAAAUUCUUCAGAAAGAACUGUCACCUUAUUUGUCCAAGAUAUUGCAAGAGAGAGAAAUGCAACAAAUAUAAAGAAUACGGGCAAGACUUUGGCCAUCCCUCAACUCUUAGGAGUCAUGUGAGUACUCACACUGGAGAGAAAAUUAUUGAAUUUAAUGGUUGUGGAAAAAUUUUCAAUCAAGAGUCAUCCCUUAGGAAACACUUAACUCUCACAGGAGAGAAAUCUUCUGAGUGUAAUCAACAUCUUAUGUCCUUCAACUUACACUCUUCCUUUUCAGUACAUGAACAAAUACCUACUGGAGAGAAACUCUGUGAAUGCAGUGACUAUGGAAAAAGAUCUUCCCUUAGUUUCCACAAAAAAAUGUGUAUUGUGGAGGAAAGCUCAAAAUGUAAUGAACAUGGGAAAGUUUUCACUGGCCCCUUGUCCCUUCAGAUAUGUGUGAGACCUCACACUGGAGAGAAACGUUAUGAAUGUAGCAAUUGUGGGAAAGCCUUUGUUUUUCAGUCUUCCCUUAAGAAACAUGUGAGAUCACACACUGGAGAGAAACCUUACGAGUGUAAUCAUUGCGGAAAAUCCUUCAGCCAGAGCUCUCAUCUUAAUGUGCACAAAAGAACUCACACUGGAGAGAAACCCUACGACUGUAAGGAAUGUGGCAAGGCUUUCACUGUUCCUUCAUCCCUUCAGAAACAUAUGAGAACCCACACUGGAGAGAAACCCUAUGAAUGCAGUGACUGUGGGAAAGCCUUUAUUGAUCAGUCAUCCCUUAAGAAACAUACACGAUCUCACACUGGAGAGAAACCUUAUGAGUGUAAUCAAUGUGGAAAAUCCUUCAGCACAGGCUCUUAUCUUAUUGUGCACAAGAGAACUCACACUGGAGAGAAAACCUAUGAGUGUAAAGAAUGUGGGAAGGCCUUUAGGAAUUCCUCUUGCCUAAGGGUACAUAUGAGAACUCACACAGGAGAGAAGCCCUAUAAAUGUAUUCAGUGUGGAAAAGCAUUCAGCACCAGCACUAACCUUAUAAUGCACAAACGAAUACAUACUGGGCAGAAACUAUAUGAAUGAAAUGACUACAGGCUAGCCUUAAGGGGUCCUUCACAUCUCACUCAUUUUAGAACUCACUCUGGAGAGAAAUCCUAUUGUGACCAAUUUAGAAAGCCUUCAGGCACAACUCUUAAGUCACGUUGUACCGGGACCAACCUUAUAAAUGUUAUGGUUCUGUGAUUGUAUUUAUCAGUGAGUGUUUAAAGUGUGACAACUCAUUAACUGAUGAGUAUUAAAGAUUAUACAGCACUCUAAAUUCCCCUUG